GCCGCGCGCCGCCGCCGCCGCCAUGGUGCGGUUCAAGAACAGGUACGUGCUCUGCGAGGUGGUCUCGGAGGACCCGCGGUGCCGGCAGUGCAUCGAGGACCGCGCGCUGGGCCUCGCCGUCAGAGACGCCAUCGCACGGGUGCACGGGGACUACGGCCUGGCGUGCUGCUCCAUCUCCUUCACAGUGAAGUACCUGAACGCCUACACCGGGACGGUGCUGCUGCGGUGCCGCAAGGACUCGUACCGGCUGCUCUGCUCCGCGCUGCCCUUCGUGCGCUACCUGGAGAGCCGCGCCCAGCGCUACCCCUGCUUCCUCAACACCCUGCACGUCGGAGGUACCAUAAGAACAUGUCAGAAAUUUCUGAUCCAGUAUAACAGAACACAGCUGCUGAGGUUGUUGCAAAACUGUACAAAUGAAGAAGAAAGACAAUGCAUACAGAAGUCCUUGUUGAGCUGUUCCCUUACAGAAGAGCAGUCUCAAAGUGGAGAUGAGGAGGAAGAUGAUGGCACAGAGACAGACUGAAUGUCACUUGUUACUGUUCACCUCCAUUCCAUACUCGUUUAAUCAAGACCUGAUUAAAGAUGGUUAUCUUCAGUGUUAAGCAGUGCAGGGGCUAGGAAAAGCAUUUGUUCAUAUUUAGACUUCAUUCCCCAUUUCAGAUGUUCUUAAACAAUUUUUUUAAAAAUAAAACAUUAUUUCACUUAA